GGAAGAGCAAGAGGAGGCCUCGACCAUUCGAGUUGGAUUUGUCACCUACAACAAAGUCCUCCAUUUCUUCAACGUAAAGAGCAACCUUGCACAACCUCAGAUGAUGGUGGUCACUGAUGUCAGUGAAGUGUUUGUCCCUUUACUGGAUGGCUUCCUUGUGAACUUUCAAGAGUCACGAUCUGUUAUAAAUAACUUACUGGACCAGAUUCCAGAGAUGUUUACAGAUACUAACGAGAGUGAGACUGUCUUUGCUCCCAUUAUCCAGGCUGGCAUGGAAGCACUAAAGGCAGCGGAAUGUGCUGGAAAGCUGUUUAUCUUCCAUUCGUCGCUGCCGACUGCGGAAGCACCAGGGAAGCUAAAAAAUCGAGAUGAUAGAAAACUGGUCAAUACAGAGAAGGAGAAAACGCUGUUUCAGCCGCAGACAAAUAUUUAUGAGACUCUGGCCAAGGACUGCGUCGCUAAUGGCUGCUCUGUGGAUCUGUUCCUCUUUCCAAGUCAGUAUGUUGAUGUCGCUUCCAUGGGUCUAAUUACGACGCACACUGGAGGAACACUGUACAAAUACAGCAAUUUCCAGGUACAUUCUGAUAGUCACCAAUUCCUGAAUGAUCUCAGAAAGGAUAUAGAGAAAAGGCUGGGAUUUGAUGCUAUCAUGAGAGUUCGCACUAGCACAGGUUUCAGGGCAACAGAUUUCUUGGGAGCCGUGUACAUGAACAACACAACUGAUGUCGAAAUGGCAGCAGUGGAUUGUGACAAAGCAGUGACAGUGGAGUUUAAGCAUGACGACAAGUUGAAUGAAGACAGCGGAGCUUUAAUCCAGUGUGCCAUUCUUUAUACUUCAAUGAGCGGCCAAAGGCGACUGCGCAUCCAUAAUCUGGGCCUGAACUGCAGCUCCCAGUUAGUUGAUGUUUACAAGAGCUGUGAGACAGAUGCACUCAUCAACUUCUUUGCUAAAUCAGCUUACAAAGCCAUUCUCAGCCACCCUUUGAAGACUGUUCGUGAGAUCCUGCUAAAUCAGACAGCUCGUAUGCUGGCAUGUUAUAGAAAGAACUGUGCCAGCCCGUCUUCAGUGAGCCAGCUUAUCCUUCCUGACUCCAUGAAGGUGCUUCCAGUCUACAUAAACUGCCUCUUAAAAGGCUGCGUGCUGGCAGGCAAGCCAGAGAUCUCCACAGAUGAGAGAGCUUUCCACAGGCAGCUGGUCAUGGCAAUGGAUGUUGCUGGCACCCAGCUUUUGUUCUACCCGCAACUUCUACCCAUUCACUCUAUGGAUGUCAACGCUGAUGUGUUCCCCACGGCUGUUCGUUGCUCAGAAGACCGUCUGUCUGAAGGAGGGUUAUUCUUAUUGGCCAAUGGGAUACACAUGUUCUUGUGGUUGGGAGUCAGUGCCCCACCAGAGCUCAUCCAGGGGAUAUUUAAUGUCCCUUCCUUUGCACACGUCAGCACAGAGGCCACAAUACUUCCUGAAGUGGACAACCCCUGUUCUUCAAAGUUGAGGGCCAUGAUAGAUCAUCUCCAGAGCAAAUCGCCUUAUUCCAUGAAGAUCCUGAUAGUGAAACAAAGAGAACAGCCAGAGAUGGUUUUCAGACAGUUUUUGGUUGAAGACAAGAGUGUUUACGGAGGAGCUUCUUAUGUGGAUUUCCUAUGCUGUGUUCACAAGGAGAUCUGUCAACUUCUUAACUAAUGGAUAAUGAAUAUUAAUAUUUUGAUAUUUGUUUAAAGGGACUGUUCUUAAGGACCAACCACCAAAAGGUGCUUCUUUAUUUGUACAGUUUCUAAUUUCAUACAUUAAUACUCUUUUUCAUAUUGUAGCCCACCUACAUUUAUCUAUGUAGAAUAAGCAAGCCUGUGGCUCAGGAAUCGCUCCUAUGG